AUGAGUAGUUCAGCAGAACAAGAGGGGGGCGUCUUAGUCCUCACGCCCGCGGCCUCACGCACCCAAGAGCCCGUGGGCCUGUUCCCUUCCGCAAGCAGCCCCCGCAGAGGUGGGCCACACAGGGACCAGCAGACGGACAAUGGAGGCACAGGGACCCUGGGGACCCAAGGUGCCGGCCGGAAAGAUGGACCAGCUGGACCUCACCCAAGGAAAGAGCUGCACCCGCCAAGACACCACGGGAGAGGCGGCGGCCAAGAGCAGGGGACAGACCCAGCGGGAAAGCGCCCAAGCCCGGCACACAGAGGGCAGGACCAGCAGGUUUGCAGACACCCCUGCACCCAGCACAGCGCGGCCUCCCGACAGCAGAGACGAGCGUGUGACAAAAGCCACACCCCAGGGGCCGCAGUGGACGCGGUCACUCAGAGCCAAGUGAGGGUCUCCGUCCGGAGCUUAUACAACAGCCAGGACCCGCCUGGACGUGCCCAGCACACUGUCCUUGCCGACGAGGGCCCAGCCACACGCGCAGCCGGGGAGGCGCCAGCUCUGCAGAGGGACAGGACAGCAGGCGGCAGGGAGGAGGCUGGGCUCCAGGUGCCGCCAGCCUCCCCGCCCGGCUCUCUCUGUGCCACCCUGGCACCAGCAGCCCCACCAGCCGCUCCCUGGACGCUCCACACACACGAGAUGUGACCCGUCCGUGAUCUGCUGCGACAGCCCCACCCUGCAGACGGGGAAACCGAGUCCUGGACAAGCGUCUGGCCCGAGGUCGUGCUGAGGGACACUGCGCUGUCGGCCGGCACGUGCGGCCAUCAGGUGAGUAGAUGGGGGAGGGGGCAACACCUGGGGGGAGCCAGACCCUGCCCAGCAUUGGCUGAGCCCAG